CUUUAGAAUUGAAUCUAUCCAAAAAAAGCAUAAUAUGCUAAACUUUUAAAUCCUUUAUUUAUUUAUGUUUUACAAUAUUUAAGUUCUAAAAAUCCUGUCAAGAUACAAAUUAAAAAGCAAUAAAAUGAGUGUACAAGUGGAACGCGACGAUGUCUUUGUCAUCCCUAAAGAAUGGAUUGUGUCAAAUACAAGUGCUAUAAACGUGGACACUCGAAUUGGAGUUGGAAAACCCGUGGUUGCGAUGAUUCUAAUGUACCUGCUUAUUAUUUACAAAAUUACACCCAGCUUUAUGAAGUCACGUCCUGCUUACCAGUUGAAAGGUUUUAUGAUUUUAUAUAAUAUUUAUCAAAUAGCUGCCUGCGCUUACCUUAUCACACAAAUCUAUUUAAUUGAUCUUCCAACUCUUGAAUAUGGGGCAUGUGUUGAUUUUGAACCUGGGACACAAGUUGAAAAGGAUUUCAAUCAUAUUUCUUAUUUUCUUGUUUGGCUUAAGGCGUCAGAAAUGAUUGAAACUGUUGUUUUUGUUUUGCGCAAAAAACAAAAUCAAGUGUCGUUUCUGCAUGUCUUCCAUCAUUGUACUGUAUUAUUUUUGGCGUACAAUUUAAUUUCAACUUAUAGAAGCAGUUCAGCAUUGUUACCAGCGUUCAUAAACAGCUCAGUUCAUAUUAUUAUGUACUCAUAUUAUUUAAUGGCUGCUGUACUUCCCAGUAAAAUUGUUGUUCUAUUGACACCUUUCAAAAAGGCCAUAACGACAAUUCAGAUGGUCCAAUUUACUAUUGUCCUAUUCCACGUUGUUGUUUUAAAAAUUCGUGGUUGUGAAAUACCCGAAUUAAUGCUAGCAAUUUAUAUUAUAGUAAUUAUUGUGAUUUUCUAUGGAUUUUAUGAUUUUUACAAGAAAAGUUACACUGAAAAUAAUUCCAAAGCAAAAGUCAAAUCAAAAGAGGAACAAAGACGACGAUAGUAAACAAAAAAAUGCUUGUUCGUAGUUUAAUUUUAUUUUAAGAUUCUAGAAAUAAAUGAAUUAAAAAAAAGUACAAAAA